CACUGGUCCCAGCCCUGCUUUACCAGUUGCGAAACCUAAAGUGCCACACUACUUUGUGGUGUCCAGAGCUAAGGCUAAAUAGAAGGGACGUUGAGUUUUCUUUAUGGCUCGUCUGAGUGCCAUCACCUUUUAGGACCCUCCCCGAUAGAGUGUCCAGUCAGAGUGCCAGGAGAGAGGCUCCCCAGAGAGGGCAUGUUCCUGCAUCCUCCCAGUGUAAAGGCCAAAGCUCCAGGAGGGUGAGCGCCCGCGGUGCGCUCCCAGAGCCAGGCACCAGGCGUCGCCGUCGCCCCUCGCAGCUCCACGGCCCCGCCCCCGCCGCGGAGCUGGAGCCGGAGCCGGAGCCCUAGCCCAGAGCUGGAGGCGGCCGGACCGGGCCAGACAGAUUUCCUGCUCUCCUGUAGGGCUGAGGGCUGCCGGCUGCGGGUUACGGGCUGCGGGCUACAGGCUACGGGCUACGGGCUGCGGGCUGCGGGAGAAGUCACCGGCGGCGUAGGUACCUCACUGCCUACGCGCGUCCCCACGACCCUCCCUCGCGCCGGCGGGGACAGCGGACGCCCCGGAGCGGAGCGCGGCGGGCGGGCGCCCGGGAGAUGCGGAGUCGCCGCGGCGGAGCGACCGGCGCUACAGCACCGGUCCCUGGGAGACUAUAGCCCUCAUUUCCCCUUGGUGCACCAUGGAGCCCUUCUGUCCACUCCUGCUGGCAAGUUUUAGCUUGUCGCUCGCCAGAGCUGGCCAGGGCAACGACACCACCCCAACAGAGAGCAACUGGACCAGCACAACUGCAGGCCCUCCGGACCCUGGUGCAUCCCAGCCGCUGCUCACCUGGCUGCUGCUGCCUCUGCUCCUCCUCCUGUUCCUGCUUGCAGCCUACUUCUUCAGGUUCCGGAAGCAGAGGAAGGCCGUGGUCAGCAGCAACGACAAGAAAAUGCCUAACGGGAUCUUAGAAGAGCAAGAGCAGCAGAGAGUGAUGCUGCUGAGCAGAUCUCCAUCAGGUCCCAAGAAGUACUUCCCCAUCCCCGUGGAGCACCUGGAGGAGGAGAUCCGGGUGAGAUCUGCGGAUGACUGCAAGCGAUUCCGAGAGGAGUUCAAUUCAUUGCCAUCUGGACACAUACAAGGAUCCUUUGAACUAGCAAAUAAAGAAGAAAACAGAGAAAAAAACAGAUACCCCAACAUUCUGCCCAAUGAUCAUUGCAGAGUGAUUUUGAGCCAAGUGGAUGGAAUCCCCUGCUCUGACUACAUUAAUGCCUCCUACAUUGAUGGCUACAAAGAAAAGAACAAAUUCAUAGCAGCUCAAGGCCCUAAGCAGGAGACAGUGAAUGACUUCUGGAGAAUGGUCUGGGAGCAAAGGUCAGCCACCAUCGUCAUGUUGACGAACCUGAAGGAGAGGAAGGAGGAGAAGUGCUACCAGUACUGGCCAGACCAGGGCUGCUGGACCUAUGGCAACAUCCGGGUGUGUGUAGAGGACUGCGUGGUCCUGGUGGAUUACACCAUCCGAAAGUUCUGCAUCCAUCCGCAACUCCCAGAGAGCUGCAAAGCCCCUCGGCUGGUCUCACAGCUGCACUUCACCAGCUGGCCUGACUUCGGGGUGCCGUUUACCCCCAUUGGAAUGCUGAAGUUCCUGAAGAAAGUGAAGACACUCAACCCUUCACAUGCUGGGCCCAUUGUGGUUCACUGUAGCGCGGGCGUGGGUCGGACUGGCACCUUCAUUGUGAUCGAUGCCAUGAUGGACAUGAUACACUCGGAGCAGAAGGUUGACGUCUUUGAGUUUGUGUCUAGAAUCCGCAAUCAGCGCCCUCAGAUGGUCCAGACAGACGUUCAGUAUACAUUCAUCUACCAAGCCUUACUGGAAUACUACCUCUAUGGGGACACAGAGCUGGAUGUGGCCUCCCUGGAGAGGCACCUGCAGACGCUCCAUAGCACAGCCACCCAUUUUGACAAGAUCGGGCUGGAGGAAGAGUUCAGGAAACUGACCAACGUGCGAAUCAUGAAGGAGAACAUGAGGACGGGCAACCUGCCUGCCAACAUGAAGAAGGCCCGCGUCAUCCAGAUCAUUCCAUAUGACUUCAAUCGGGUCAUCCUGUCCAUGAAAAGAGGGCAAGAGUUCACAGACUAUAUCAACGCAUCCUUCAUAGAUGGCUACAGGCAGAAGGACUACUUCAUGGCCACACAGGGGCCUCUGGCUCACACAGUUGAGGACUUCUGGAGGAUGGUAUGGGAGUGGAAGUCACACACAAUCGUCAUGCUGACGGAGGUGCAGGAGCGGGAGCAGGAUAAAUGCUACCAGUAUUGGCCAACGGAGGGCUCGGUGACUCACGGAGAUAUAACUAUAGAGAUAAAGAGCGACACCCUGUCUGAAGCCAUCAGCGUACGAGACUUUCUGGUUACCUUCAAACAGCCCCUGGCCCGCCAGGAAGAGCAGGUCCGCAUGGUGAGACAAUUCCAUUUCCAUGGCUGGCCUGAGGUUGGCAUCCCCGCUGAGGGCAAAGGCAUGAUUGACCUGAUCGCAGCAGUGCAGAAGCAGCAGCAGCAGACAGGCAACCAUCCCAUCACCGUGCACUGCAGCGCGGGAGCAGGGCGGACAGGUACAUUCAUAGCACUCAGUAACAUUUUGGAACGAGUGAAAGCCGAGGGACUCCUCGAUGUGUUUCAAGCUGUGAAGAGCUUAAGACUUCAGAGACCACACAUGGUGCAAACCCUGGAGCAAUAUGAAUUCUGCUACAAAGUGGUACAAGAUUUUAUUGAUAUAUUUUCUGAUUAUGCUAAUUUCAAAUGAAGAUUCCUGCCUUAAAAUAUUUUUUAAUUUAAUGGUCAGUAUAUUUUGUAAAAAAAAAAAGAGAGAUCAUGUUAAUUUAUUUCCUAGUGGAUAUUAAUAUCCUUCCUAAUUCCUUUGUAUAUAUUUUGUUAUGUUCUAAAGGCUACCUGCUGUAAGGUUAUUAAAUUGUAAAUGCCCUUUUUAAAAAUUGGAAUAACAUGUUAAGGUCAAAUACUAUCUGGAAAGAUAUAUAUUUCUGCUAACAUCAGUCAGUAUCUUAGUUCUAUUAGAUUCAUGUUAUGUGAUGUCCCACAUCAGGUGUCACAUGGUGUCACACAUCAUGCAUCUGUAAAUGUAGUUCUUAACAUGUCAAAUGUGUUUGUGAGAAGACACUAACCCCCGAGACCCACUGUGGAGAAACCAGUAGAGGACUCCGGGUCAGAGCACAUUUAUUCUCCCCACCAACUGUGGCACCCAGGGCAUCGGAAUGUGGCAAACAGUGUACAUGGGGGCUUUGGUAAAGUCCUGGGUCUCAGCCAUGUGGUCCAUCCUUACAUUUGAAAGAUCAGAGUGGAACCAGACACAGCAGUGCAUCACUGUGCUGCUAGCAUGUGAGAGGCUGAGGCAUAAGGAUUUGGUUCAGGCCAGGCCAUGCCAGCUUGGGCUACAAUGAGACUCUGUAACACAACAAACAACAAACACCCAGAGGGUUUUGAAACUCAAAUCCAGGUCUCAGAUGUACAAGGUGUAGAUGGUGGUGACUUUCCUACGAGUUUUAAAAGGCAUUUAUUUAUGAGAGGCUGUGUAGGCUUGAUAAGGAGAUGUGUUAUACCAGGCCAUCUAUUCUCACAGACCUCCAGUACCCUCCAAACUGGCCAUCAGAGCUGUGUUCCUGGAACCACUUGCUGCCUGUCUGCCUGUGUGCCUGGCUCAGAAUCCACCCCAUGGCCUGCCCACUGACACAGCUGCCUGUACUGACCCUAAUUAGGCCUACAGGCUCAACCACAGCUGCUUCCUCCCUCCCACAUUGAAAUGAAUUGUCUUACACACACACAUACACACACACACGUACAAAUGGUAGAAUGGCCACAAACUGUUGCACUGUCAAUUUGCUGACAGCCAUUUCAGGAUGUCAGAUCUUCUUUGUAAAAAGUUAAGAUGGUUUGUAAGAAAAGAAUUCUUAAAAAUCUAGAUUUGUACAGUUUUUUUUUAAUGUCCCACCUCUUGGUGUUUAAUUUUUAAAAAUGGGGGGGGGGCGAGAUCCUAAUCUAACUUACCUUUGGAGGAAAGGCUGCUGAGACCUCUGAGUUCAGGUGGCAGUGACAGGCGCACUGCCUGAGAGGGUAGGUUAGGAGGGAGAGGAUGAAUGUAGAAACACUGACUUCAAUAAAAAUUAUCUCCCUAUGGCAUUUAGAUACCUAGCAAAUGAGCACAAUGUAAAAAAAAAAAAAAAAGACAUCUGGUCUAACUCAUUGAAGGCUUUGAACACACAGUUUAGGAACUUUUUUUUUUAACUUUUUAAGAGAAAUGAAAAUACAAAGGCCUUAUCUCCAUGGAGGACUGAUCAUGCUCGCCUAUUGCACAGUUUGUCCUUGUUCAUGUACAAGGGACAACCCCAAGGUCUGUCACUGCUUCGUAUAGGUGAACGGGUCACCACGCUUCUCUCAGGCCCCGCAGCUCUGAGUGUCCCAUCCAGAGGCACAAGCUGGCAUCCAGCAUGCAGGGUGAAAGCAGACAGUGGCCACUGUCACCACCACCAGCUGCAGCCAGGGCUGGCUGCCUGUGCUUUGUGGGACCUCCCCUUCUCUGAGCAGCCGUGGAGCACAGGCAGAAGACGGAAGAUGGAGGAGCUUUCCCUGGCCAGUGGUCUCAUUUGUCUCCAUCUUAGACCCAAGCUCAACGCCUUGCUGUAACUGAAGCGGGACAGAGGGCAGGAAGCCCACUAGAAUUAAGGUGACCUCACAUUGGUCCCAAGCCAAAGUUCGACCACGCACCUUGGCACCCCAACUUAGUUACUGGUCCUUAGACUCACAGGCAUCUCUUGUAUCAAGAAAUGCCUUAGGGUAGAUCUUUUCAGGAUGUCUAGAAAAGUAUUCUAAUGAGUGUUUUUCCUCACCUUGGGGCUGCCCCAGGUUCUCCUGCAGGCAGAGACCCUGCCUGUUUCUAAACAGCUUGUCUCAUUCCAGAGAAAAACAGAAGCCACGCUCCUGUGGGCACAGUUGGGGCAGCACUUGUACUUUGGAGGGGCCAAUCCCUCUAGUCUCUUGACUAAUGCCAUAGCAAAAUUCAGCCUCCCUAAGACACAGAGCCUCUGUGUACAAGGGGCCUCCUAAGGGGGAGGGGGGCGGUCUCAGCAUCUUCUCUGUGUACCUGGCAUGCCCUUUUCUUCUUCCUUCAAAGAAGCUCCGGUGUCUAUGACAGCGACAACCUUCUUAGUUCUCUGUUGCAUGCAGUUGUGCUCAAUGCCAAACAGUCAUCAGAGCUGAGCGUUCUGAUCAGGUGCGUCCCUUGGUCACUGUGUGACUUGCUUUACUCUCUCUCUGUGGGCUGGAUGAACGAGGAAUGCACACCUGUGUUUUCCAAGGUAGUUUUAUGUGUUUGUAAAAACCUUUUUAAAUGAGCCGGAUACCUGUGUUUCAGCAUUUGGCCACGUUGUUGGUUUUUUUUUUUUUUUCAUGUAUAUUUACUGAUAUAUUUGUUUGUAACCAAGUCAUGUUUAAUUUAUGUGCAAUCUUUAUAAUAUGUGUAUGUGUCAUGGUUCCAACUCUCUUAUAUUAUUCCUUGAUCACAUUUAUCGUUUGAUCUCGCUCUGAUUAUGCCAGUGAAUGUCGCUGAAUUCUUGAGACAUGUGAACUGCAAGAUUGAAAACAUCCGGAAUCGAGAAUAAACCUCUGACUACCA